AUGCCGCAUUCUCCGGAAGCCAUAGUUUUACCACCAUGGGUUGCUCUUGCUGUUCGUCCAAGGCCUGAGUUGCAACCUGCUGAGUUUCUACACUUCAAGGAGGAACUUGUUGAUGGAAGUUCUAAUGGCAACUUUGUGCUUGUGUUGGACUUUGAACCAUUUAAUGCAUCGUUUCCUCGCCCAACCCUGAACAAGUCAAUUGGGAAUGGUGUGGAAUUCCUCAAUCGCCACCUUUCUGCUAAACUCUUCCAUGACAAGGAGAGCUUGCAUCCACUUCUGGAAUUUCUCAGACUUCACAACUACAAUGGAAAGACUUUGAUGUUGAAUGACAGGAUUCAAACCCCGAAUGCUCUCCAACAUGUUCUGAGGAAAGCUGAAGAGUUCUUAGGCACACUUCCUCUUGAGACACCUUACUCAGAAUUUGAACACAGGUUCCAGGAAAUUGGUUUGGAGAGAGGGUGGGGUGACACUGCUGAGCGUGUCCUUGAGUCCAUUCAACUCCUCUUGGAUCUUCUUGAGGCACCUGACCCGUGCACCCUCAAAACUUUCCUAGGAAGAAUCCCUAUGGUCUUUAAUGUGGUGAUCCUUUCACCCCAUGGUUACUUUGCUCAAGACAAUGUCUUGGGAUACCCUGAUACUGGUGGCCAGGUUGUGUACAUCUUGGAUCAAGUGCGUGCAUUGGAGAAUGAGAUGCUCCAACGCAUUAAGCAACAAGGCUUGGAUAUUGUUCCUCGCAUUCUCAUUGAUGUUGCUCAUGAGCUUGCCAAAGAGUUGCAAGGGAAGCCUGAUCUGAUCGUUGGAAACUAUAGUGAUGGAAACAUCGUUGCCUCUUCAUUGGCACAUAAAUUGGGUGUUACUCAGUGUACCAUUGCUCAUGCACUUGAGAAGACCAAAUACCCCGAAUCCGACAUCUACUGGAAGAAAUUCGAAGAGAAGUAUCACUUCUCAUGCCAAUUCACAGCUGAUCUCUUUGCAAUGAACCACACUGACUUCAUCAUCACCAGUACAUUCCAAGAGAUUGCUGGAAGCAAGGAUACUGUUGGACAGUAUGUGAUAGGAACCCAGAUAUUAGUAGUCCUAGUAUUGCUAAGGUAUUUGUUAGGAAGGGUAGAAAGGGAAAUAAAAUUGAUUCCCACUAGUGAUAACUGCCAAGCUGAUGUGGCAGUAUCUUCAGGGUGCUAG